AUGACAGAGUCUCGUGAUGUCAAUGGUAGUGGCCAACAGAAAGUCUACAUAUUGUUGGACCAAGCCUGUCUAGAGUCAGUCAAGGCAGCUGGAGGAAAAGAGUAUCAGCUGCUCAAUCCGGACAAGCACAAAGAUCGAAUAGCAAGGAGUGGCAUGGACAUAUCUGACGUCCGACCAGAUAUUGUUCAUCAGUGUUUACUCAUGCUUUUGGAUAGUCCCCUAAAUCGUGUAGGAAGAUUACAAGUCUUCAUACGUACCCGGAAAAACGUCAUUAUCGAGGUAAAUCCAAAGACUCGUAUACCGCGGACCUUUGAACGGUUUUCCGGAUUAAUUGUUCAGUUGCUUCACAAAUUAUCCAUACACGCAGCUACAGGAAGCCAUGAAAAGUUACUAAAGGUUGUAAAAAACCCUAUCACUCGUUAUUUUCCUGCCGGAGCACAAGUUAUCGGCACAUCUUUCUCCGCCACGGAAUACAUAAAACCGGUGGAUUUGGUUCGAGAAACCCAAAAAUCAGGACCGCAGGCGGUUGUUUUCGUCAUAGGUGCAUUGGCACAUGGGUCGAUUGUGAAACAUUGUGAAGAAUUUUUGACGCGAGUCGUGAGCAUCAGCAAUUUUCCGUUAUCAGCUGCCCAAACCUGUGCGCGCAUAUGUGCCGCUUUUGAAGAUGAAUGGGAUGUUGAGAAUUUCGUUAAUGAACAAAUCGCUUGA